AUGUCUUCAGCAGAGGAACUCCGACCGGUCCCACACAGUCGGGAUCAGAUUGCCGGAGGCUUUAACGCCCAUGAUGUACACUCAAAACACGAAACGCAACAUCCAGCUGCACUGGCCGAGGCUUUGAAGGCUGUACGUCGCGCGCCAGAUACACCGUCAGAUAGCAACAGUGACUCAGGUUAUGAAGCCAGGGACAAGCCGCUGCAGUCAGUCCUGUUACGGCGUAGGGCGGAGAUCGAUUCAUAUGACAACUCGGCAUCGGAUACGCCUGAGAUUCUGCCAUUAGAUAAUCCGGAACUUGAUCAGAAAUCGAGCCCCGAGCAGCUCCAUCAGUCCUUGUCCACUCCUGAAUUCCAUUCUUCGAGUAGUGGGAAGAAGACGUAUGUGGUGGCUAGCGAUGACGCCGAGCUUCGCGAGAUUUUGAGGAGAGGCCUGGAAAGGGAGAGGGAGAAGCUGUCGCCGAAUAGACGUGAGAAGCUUCGGGACAUGGUUUUUACUAGGCAGUUCUCGGCUUUCGAUAGGCAAAACCAGGAUGCCGCGAAUAGCCCAUUUCACGGCUUUUACGUCCUUUUCUGGAUCGGCUUGGCCAUCUAUAUUAUCAAGAUGGGGGCAGAGAAUUGGAGGAAAACUGGAAAUCCGCUCGGCACUAAUGAGAUUAUGAAGUCUAUGUUUCGAAGAGAUGUGGUUGUGCUCCUAUUCUCCGAUGGAGUUAUGUGUGGCCUGACCGGGGUGAGCUGGGUUAUUCAACGCCUCGUCUUCCUUCACUAUAUCGAUUGGAACAGAUCGGGAUGGGUACUGCAAAAUAUAUGGCAAACCUUUUUUAUCGCAAGUGUGGUUGGCCUCACGCUUGUGAGAGAUUGGCCAUGGACACAUACUGUCUUCUUCGUCCUUCACGGCCUUGUAAUGUUAAUGAAGCAACAUUCCUAUGCCUUCUACAACGGCCACCUUUCGUCUCUCUACAAGAAACGCCAGAGCCUCCUGCUUAAGCUUAAACAACUAGAGAGUAUCUCGCCAGUUACAUCUCCGUCGCUCACGAGCCCGCGUGUCUCAGCUCUUUCUACAUCCCAUCUCGCCCACCCGCCGUCCGCAGAUGAAUACCAAGAAAGGCGACGUUCAUUGUCGAAAUCUAGACCCGCUGAUCAAAAUGAUAUCGAGAAUAUAUCCCGCGUUAUCGAGGCAGAAAACCCGCUCGACAUGGAGCAAUUGCAAAUAUUCGAAAGGCUGAUAAAGUGGGAAGCUGAUGCGCUCACGGAUGAGCUCCGAGGCAAAGCAACAGACCCGACACACUAUUACCCAAACAAUCUAACGUUGAUGAAUCAUUACGAAUACAUUGUCUUGCCCACCGUUGUAUAUGAGUUGCAGUAUCCUCGGUCUGAAACUAUCAAUUGGUUAUACGUGGCCGAGAAAACCUGUGCUCUAUUCGGCAUUAUAUUUGUUAUGAUAAUGAUCUCUCAAGCUUUCAUAUACCCCGUCGUGAUGAGAACCGUAUACAUGAAGGAAGCGGGUUGGACAGUAGCUCAAAGGUUUCGGGAAUUCCCAUGGCUGUUGAGUGACCUAAUCUUCCCUUUUAUGAUGGAAUACCUAUUGGCUUGGUAUUUGAUCUGGGAGACGGUCCUCAAUAUACUUGCCGAACUUACUUGCUUUGCGGAUAGGAGCUUCUAUGACGCAUGGUGGAAUUCUGUCUCCUGGGAUCAAUAUGCUCGUGAUUGGAAUCGCCCCGUCCACAAUUUCCUCUUACGACACGUAUAUCACAGCUCGAUCUCCUCUAUGCGAGUCAACAAACAUACGGCAACGCUCAUCACGUUCUUCCUCUCGGCCUGCGUUCACGAGCUCGUCAUGUGGUGCAUAUUCAAGAAACUUCGCGGCUAUCUACUUAUCCUGCAGAUGUGCCAACUUCCACUCGUAAGGAUGAGCCGGACGAAGUGGCUUCGCAACCAGAAGACGGUGGGAAAUAUGAUAUUUUGGAUCGGAAUUUUCACUGGGCCUAGUUUACUGUGCAGUUUGUACUUGAUCCUUUAAGGCAUUUGUGAUCUAGAUACUUGGCGUUCUAGGGACAUCGGAAACGAGAGUAAAUGGAACCAUGGAAUACUCUAGACUAGAUAUACGAGGAGAGAUCAGGGGUUUUAGGGGUUCAGGGUGUUUAUAUAUGGACUUCAGUAUGAUGGAUAGUAUGAGGCUACGUCUUCGGUAGAAGCGACCAACAUUUAUCGAUCCCUCUCCUUUUUGCACCCCUAAAACCACAUUUAAACAGAAAUUCCAUAGCUUCAUUGUGUAUCACAUGUCGGGUAUAUUUCCUCCACCUUCCUAGGUAGGUAUCGUGAGAUGGUUCUAAAUGUAAACAGCCACACACCCUCAUGAAUAGAGGUCGCCAUGACUGUUUGAAACUUACAUCCGAAUAUCUGCACCUACCUUAGAUAGGUAAGUUGGUAACGAUUAGAAUGAAGUUGUAAUCGAUCGAAUCGAGAUUCUUGAUGAUCCUCUCGCGGUUGGGGAUUUGAUGACAUUUUAGGUUACUCUUAUCUACAUAGGUAGGGCUCGUCUUACUUCUCAUGCUUACAUAGUAGAAUUACCGUACGGUAUCCCGACUUUGUGGCUCAUGCAG